GGAAUUCUUGUGUUUGACGCGUGUGUGCUUAGCACUGACCGAACGGGUUUAGUAACGGUAUAAGGCGAGUCGUUCGUAAUGGCGCGUCUAAAAAGUGAUUGUGUUAAGUGGACUUUAGUUUUAGUGUUAACUAUAUUUAGUCAAUAUGUUUAUUCGCGGCCUCAGCUCGAAUCGACUACAUUAGACGUAGUCCAAAAUAUCGCAACGGAAAAAACAGAGGAUCUUAUGAGAAAUUCUACUGAAGUAAUUUCGGAACCAACUAAGUGGAAGGAGCCUGAAAAUGAAACUUUACCAUCGACACCGAACACUUCAAGAGAUGUAAAAAAUAAAGUUCCAGUCAUUGGAGAAUCCAUUAAGAAAGUUGCAACACAGCUCCUCGAUAAACCCAAUAAAACGAUCGAAGUACCAGUUUUGACAGAUACCAGAAUACCACCAAAAGUAAAGACUCAGUUCGUCCAAAAAUUAAAAGUCAAAACUAGAAAUGAAGACGCUGAUGCCAUUCCUGAAAACUCGCAUACAGGCAUUGCUGUUCCAGUUACAAUGGAAGAAUUAGAAAUGGAAAAUAAAGACUUACCCAACGAAUCAUCUACAACAAAUGAAGGAAUAUCCACUUGGAUAUUGUUAAGCAAUCCUGUUAACAAAGAUAAUAAUUCCGUAUCGACAGAGCCAACACAAGCAGAAGAGAUUCAAAAGAAACAGAAACCUACCUUAUCCAAAAACAAAAACAAGAGGCCACAAAAUAAAUCUCCGGUGGCUAAGCGACCAAUUAUUGGAAGUACAAAUAAAGCUGAUUUGGUAGCUGGCGGUUCGGCAAUUAGUGAAAAUGUUUACAACAAAAUCAAGGAUACAGUACUAUCAAAUGUACAAAAGAAUAAAAAUACAUCUCCCCGUACAACAACAACUAGUAGCACUACUCCUACGCCAUCGACUGAAGCUUCAACAACUAAGGCAACUGUUUCAGUUAUGCCUGUUGUCAAAGUUACUUCGAAGCCAGCUAAAAAAUCUCAUAAAAAUAAACAAAAAACAAGUACUACCACUACAACAACUACAACUACGACCGCACCCAUUGUUAGUGAAUCAGCGGUAUUACCGAUGGAAGCUAAGGAACAAGAAAUUGAAUUAGAGAUUAACACACCAGCCACAACAACUAAAAAACCAAAACGAACAUCAAAUAAAAAGAAGACAAAAACGAAGAAGCGUAAAACAUCAAAACCGAAGCCUGAGACCUCGACUGCGGUAUCUGCAGAUGUUAAAACAUCCAACAAAACUAAAACAAACAAGAACUCAAAGAAACCAGCUAGUAUUAGUAGUAGUGUAGGUCCAUUUACUUCACAAAUUUACAAUUACUUCUCGAGAGAAGUAAUGCCUUCAGUUGGAGUUAGUGUUCUGGGUCUAGGAUUAGUAGGACUCGCUAGCUACCUGUUUUUCCCCUUUGGUACUCCUGUUAGAAGAACUAUUGAAGUUGAUAAGAAGGACGAUAUUUAUAGACACAAUGCUGAAGAAUAUGCAAGUGAAGGUAACGGUCAACCUGAAGAAGAAAUGCUUGGUACUGUUCUAGCUGGUAUGCCUAUUCAUUCGAAACAAAAACUCAAUCCAUAUGCCGGUCAAAUGGCUUAUAUAAAUAGGUAUCCCGUUAAAAAAGAUCAAGAUUUAAGAUAUCGUCAUGUAGCCAACAAUAAUUAUGAAACAAAUCACAAUAAUCAUUAUCCGCAACAAAAGACAGGAAUAGCCCACGGUGCCGUUUAUCCAGACUCCUUUAAUUACAAUCGUUAUCAAUACGAAACACGACAUAAUAAAAACGCUUAUACCACGGAAAAAAAAUACGAUAAAGCUCAGACGUAUAGCCCUUAUCCAGCGGUUGAGCCAAUUUACGCAGCACCUGAAGUUGAAUCUACUGGUAUAUCAUCAUUUGGAAAUGAUGCAUCAAGUUCUGUUGUUUAUGGAGUGAAACCAUCAGGAGAUUCAGACUUUAAGCCGGUUUAUCCUUAUGAAACACAAUUUUAUAGUGAGACAACGAGUAAUCCUAAUAUUAUGACAUAUCCCCCGACAUCAAUGUACUUAGGUUCCAACAAUGAUGAAGAAGAAACAAAUAAUAGCAAAUAUUCCGAUGAAAAAAGUGCCGACGAUGAAUCAACAGAUAAUAAAUUUGUCGUUGGAAAUGUACCAAAAGAGCUAACAGAAACAGCAACACCAAUCGUAGUACCCGAACACGGUCCCAGAAAGUUAAAUAGGAAAAGAAGAAAUGCUCGUCGUAAGCGAGGAAUUGUAGGAUCAAUUGAAGAUAUUUUAAAGGCUGCGAGGGAAAAUAAAGAAAACGAAAUUUUUAUAAGCAACGAAAUUGAUGACGGCCUUGAGGCUCCGACAAGACGACCUUCUUUAUUUGAAAUAAUGCAAUCGACCAACGAAGAAACGACACCAGAAAACAAAGAAGUAUUUACAGUAUAUGCGGUAUCAGUUGACCCCGCUAAAGAAUUCCCACAAACUGAAGUACCUAGUACAAUAAAAAAUCAGGUAAUUGAAAGCGUAUCAACUUUACCCGUUGACGAUAAAAAAGGUAAAGCAACUGAAACUGAAAUGUCGAAUGAACUAGACGUAACGACAGAUGCUUUUAAAAUUUUUGAAGUAUUUCCUACGAGUAAGUCAGAUGCCAGUGAAAAAAGUAGUCCUUUGAUAAAUGAUAAUAACAAUUCGAAAACAGAUUCCACAACACAAUUCAAAAAUAUGAAUACUGAAACAACAACUGAAAUCCGAUCGGAGACGACGUCAACAAUGCCUCCUUCACCCCCACCAGUAUCAGUAACCAGUAAACGACCAAGGCCUUCGUACGAUCCAGAAGUCAUAACAUAUCCGCCCUUACCGAAUUCUGGAGGCAAUGGAUUUUUCGAUUUCCUUAAAAGAAUCGUCGAAUUCAAAUACAGACUAGGAUUAAGCAUUUUACAAAGUACUUCCGAGUCUCUUAAUAGAUAUUUACGAAGCUUAGACGGUAAAAGCUUUUGAAAUACAGCUUGAAGACGAUAUAUUAUUUUAACGUACAUAAUUAUAAUUACAAAACAAUAUGGACGACAAAAAAUAAAUAUGUUUAGCUCUCUGUAGUAUUAUUUUACCGCCUUAUUAAAAGAGGUGUAAUUUCAAUACCGUUAAAAUAUUUAAAACACACCCCACAAAUUUUAAUUUAGGCUCAAUGUAUUAUUAUCGUAAAAUAUUGUAUGAAGGCAUUUUAUAAUAUUAUUUAUAGUUAGUAUAUUUUCAGAACGUUAUCCUCGACUCAGAGACAUAUUGAGGGAAGCCUGCUGAAUUUAUAUUGUGAUAUCGAAUUUAAUUUUUAAGCUUAUACUGUUAAAUUUAAUAGCACUGACUUUUUAAUGGUUUUUUUAUUGGUUA